AAUUAACGGAAGCACCUCUAGAAAUUAAUAGACCAAUUACAGAGCUGUAAGAAGCAUCUACUUCAUCUGUAACAGGUGACAUACUCUGCAAUAACAAAAAUGAUCAAAGAACUGAAUAAAAUUUAAAACUUUUGAUACGAGAAACUGACAAGAUGGCUGCCUCCGUAAACAGAAUCAUGUCCGAGGGAUUUGUGCUGAAAUUUCGGUUCUGGAUAAACAUAACAUGUGGUUCAAGUGUAAUUCCUAAUUUUGUCGUAAGAAAGUCGGCAUUUUCUUCUAAUUCCAGUAGUUCUGAUUCUAGUAGUUCUGAUGAUGAAGAAGUAAAGAAAAAAGUGACUAAAGAAACUGCUCCUAAAAAACCUCAGAUAAGUGACAAGUUGGCAUCACUUCUAUCAGAAGUGAAGAUUGAAACUUCCAUUCCUCCAGAGAAGAGUUUGAUAACAUUAAAAUUAGCAAAGCCUUUACCUCGCAGACAGAAUAAAAAUAAUUUGAAACAACAGUCUGAACGUCUGGAAGAUGAAAGAUUCAAAAGACUCAAUCCUAACCUUAAAAAAGCAGUUAAAGAUGUUGCGAGUAGUUUAGGAGGCGAUGUUAAAAACACAGAAUCCGAACUCUUAUUAAGAUUAAGAAGUCACUCAAAUGAAAAUAAAGAAGUGCUCAAUGUAGAUGAAAGCGAAUCAGUCAAAAAUAUAAGUGAUGUGUUCACGGGAAUGAAAAUCGAUAAAUCUAAGCCGAAACCAAAAUUCGAUCAAAGAAGUAGGAGAAUGUACGAAGAUCGAGAUCAGAUUCUUUUUCCGAGGGGUGAAAAGCAUCGUAAGCAACCUAUCGUUUCUCAUCUACCCGAGAAAAUAUAUACAGGAAUGAAACAGUUUCAUCACUAUGAUAAUUUUCUUUUUUCGAGGGUAAUAAAGAUUUUGCUAAUUCUGAGUAUAAUGUUUUACAUAUUAGAUAUACCAGAAACAGCAUUAUGGAACGAACUGAAGGAACACAAUUUAAAAUUGUUAGUGACUCAUCCUCCUAAGAACGCUUUUGAAGAAAUGAUCCGAUGGACUGAAGAAGGAAAACUUUGGAAAUUUCCGAUCAAUAACGAACAAGGAAUAGAGGAAGAAAAGAAAGUCGGAUUCCAUGAGCACGUAUUUCUGGAACCUCUGUUAGAAGGUUUUCCCAAGAAAGGACCAAUUAGGCAUUUCAUGGAGCUGGUCAUUGUCGGACUAUCAAAAAACCCAUACAUUACAGUUGAACGGAAGAAAGAACACAUCGAAUGGUAUCGACAGUAUUUUAAAGACAAAGAAAACAUUCUGAAAGAAGUGGAUGAGUCGAUACUUCAGUGAAUUAACUUAAAUUUAUGUUCGUGUUUGUUAAUGUCGUAGAUGUACCAAUGUUUGUAAACUUCAAUAAAAAUAUAAAUCGAACAAACAUUCUUGCUGAGAAAUUGUAAUACAUAACAGUAUUUUGACUCAA